UGGUUAAAUAUAGCACGAGCGAGCUCAGCUCCACAAAGUCAUUGCUCUUAGCAGCAUGCAAGGAGACCAGGAGAGAGGAAACACAAUCGCAGAACUUCACUGCCACAGCUUAGCACCACAGAGCAACAGUUGUGGGUGGGGGCAAAACAACGAGGACUGUUUGUACCUCCUAUUUCUUCUGACUGGUAUAUCUCUGCACAGGAACUACGUUCCUCUUCUGCUGUUCUGUUCCCUGUUUCCUGCAUUACUUCAAUCACUGGUAGAUCUAGAAAGAAAGAGAGAAAAGCUUCUGUCUGUGUGUUCUUCUGGGCCUGGUGGAUAUGCUCAGUCUUGGUCAUGCAAGCUAAAUUUCUGGUCUUCUAAGAUCACAGAAUCUCUGUGAAGUUGCACACCUAGCUCCUUUUUUACAGCUGGCAGAACGCAAUAAUGUCCAAAGGUUCCACAUUUUCUCUCAGUUACAAAUAAAAAAAGGUCAGGAUGAGAUCCCGAAAUCAAGGUGGAGAGAGCUCAUCCAAUGAGCAUUUCUCCAAGGCCAAGUCUAUUAACAACACCACAGAAAAUCAAAACUUUCAGGAAGAUGCAAAGAGAAAGAAAUCAAAUCGAAAAGAAGAUGAGGUCUCCAGCUCUGGAACAGUCAAGCAACACAGCAAAUUGUGUGGUCCUAAUGAGAAGAAAUCCAAGAAAUCAAUAGAGCUUUCUAAAGAAGACCUUGUCUGGCUUCUAAGUAUAAUGGAAGGAGAAUUACAGGCUAGAGAAGAUGUGAUCCAUAUGCUGAAGACAGAGAAAACAAAGCCUGAGGUCCUGGAGGCACACUAUGGAUCUGCAGCUCCAGGGAAUGUCCUAAGAAUAUUGCACAGAGAUGCUCUCCUUGCCCAAGAUAAAUCUAUCGGAGAAGAUGUUUAUGAGAAGCCAAUUUCAGAGCUGGACAGACUAGAAGACAAGCAGAAAGAAACUUACCGGCGCAUGCUCGAACAGCUUCUAUUGGCAGAGAAAUGCCAUCGACGCACAGUUUAUGAGCUGGAAAAUGAGAAGCAUAAACAUACAGAUUACAUGAACAAGAGUGAUGACUUCACCAACCUCCUGGAGCAGGAACGUGAAAGAUUAAAGAAGCUUCUCGAACAAGAAAAGCUCUAUCAAGCCCGCAAGGAUAAAGAACAUGCCAAAAGGCUCAACAAACUAAGAGAGGAAUUAGUCAAGCUCAAGUCAUUUGCACUCAUGCUGGUGGAUGAGAGGCAGAUGCAUAUUGAGCAACUCGACCAGCAGACCCAGAGAAUACAAGACCUAACUCAGAAAUUGAGAGAAGAGGAAGAGAAGCUUAACAUUAUAAGUUCCAAAAAUAAAGAGGAUGGGCAGAAACUCAUGAAGUUAGAGGCAGAACUGGAACAUAAGACAUCGUCAUUUUCCCAAGAACAUGAGGAGAUGACUGCUAAACUGGUUAGUCAAGAAUCACACAACAAACAGCUCAGGCUUAAGUUGGUCGGUUUAACCCACAGAAUUGAGGAGCUGGAAGAAACCAAUAAAAGUCUUCAAAAGACUGAAGAGGAGCUUCAGGAACUGAGAGACAAAAUAGCUAAAGGGGAAUGUGGGAACUCCAGCUUGAUGGCUGAGGUGGAAAAUCUCCGCAAGCGCGUGCUUGAAAUGGAAGGCAAAGAUGAGGAGAUCACAAAAACUGAAUCUCAGUGUAAAGAGCUUAAAAAGAAAUUGCAAGAAGAAGAGCACCAUAGCAAGGAACUGAAGCUUGAAGUGGAGAAACUGCAGAAGAGAAUGUCAGAACUAGAAAGGCUAGAGGAGGCUUUCAGCAAAAGCAAAUCUGAAUGCACCCAGCUGCGUUUGAAUCUGGAAAAAGAAAAGAGCUUAACCAAAGAUCUGAUCAAUGAGAUGGAAGUGGUGAAGACACGAGUCAAGGACCUUGAGUCUUCAGAAAACAAGUUGGAAAAGGCUGAAUUAAUCUUAAAAGAUGAUCUCACAAAACUGAAGUCCUUCACUGUCAUGUUGGUGGAUGAAAGGAAAAACAUGGUGGAGAAGAUAAAGCAGGAAGAAAGAAAGGUUGAAAGCUUGAAUAAGAGCUUUAAGGUGGAGCAAGGAAAGGUUAUGGAAGUCACUGAAAAGCUAAUAGAUGAAAGCAAAAAGUUUUUGAAGUUGAAAUCUGAAAUGGAGGAAAAAGUGUCCAGUGUGACAAAGGAAAAGGAUGAGUUAAUUGGCAAGCUGAAGAGUGAGGAGGAAAAAUCUUCCGAGCUGAGCAGUACAGUGGAACUGUUAAAGAAAAGAAUUGAUGGCAUUGAGGAGGUAGAAAGAGAACUAGCCAAAGGACGAGUUAAAAAAGGACCAGGGCUUUCUGGACAAGAGGAUAAUAAGAUUAAAGAACUAACAGUUGAAAUGGAAAGACUGAAGAAACGUCUCAAGCAAUUGGAAGUGGUUGAAGGAGACUUGAUGAAGACUGAGGAUGAAUAUGAUCAGCUUGAGCAAAAAUUUAGGACUGAGCAGGACAAAGCUAACUUCCUUUCUCAACAGCUGGAAGAAAUGAAGCUCCAGAUUGCUAAAAACAAAGCAAUAGAAAAAGGAGAGGCAGUGAGUCAGGAGGCGGAGCUGAGGCAAAGGUUUCGGCUGGAAGAAGCUAAAAGCAGAGACUUGAAAGCAGAAGUGCAGGCUCUCAAAGAGAAAAUUCAUGAGCUGAUGAACAAAGAAGACCAGCUUUCUCAGCUCCAAGUGGAUUACUCAGUCCUUCAGCAAAGGUUUUUGGAAGAAGAAAAUAAAAACAAGACAAUGGGGCAGGAGGUGCUGAACUUAACAAAAGAGCUUGAGCUGUCUAAACGCUAUAGCCGUGCCCUGAGACCCAGCAUGAAUGGUAGACGAAUGGUAGACGUACCUGUUACAUCCACAGGAGUACAAACAGAUGCAGUAAGCAGCGACACAGCAGAAGAGGAAACGCCCGCUGUCUUUAUACGAAAAUCCUUCCAGGAGGAGAACCAUAUUAUGAGCAAUCUUCGACAGGUUGGGCUUAAAAAGCCCACAGAGAGGUCAUCUGUGCUUGACAGAUAUCCUCCUGCAGCAAAUGAUCUUACAAUGAGGAAAUCCUGGAUUCCAUGGAUGAAGAAGAGAGAAAAUGCUUCCCAGGCAACUCAAGAUAAAGGAGCCAGAAUACAGAGCAGUCCAGAACGUCCUGGAGAGGUUGUCCUUUCUCCAAAGCAGGGGCAGCCUCUUCAUAUUCGAGUAACUCCAGAUCAUGAGAACAGUACAGCUACUUUGGAGAUUACUAGCCCAACAGCUGAAGAUUUCUUCUCAAGUACCACAGUCAUCCCCACCUUGGGAAAUCAGAAACCACGCAUUACCAUUAUUCCCUCUCCUAAUGUCAUGUCUCCAAAAGGGAAAGCUGCUGAGGUCCCAGUGGGCCCAGAACGAGCAAUGUCACCAGUGACUAUAACCACAUUCUCCAGAGAGAAAUCCUCAGAGAGUCCAAAGUCUCCAUUCAUGGAAAGGCCCGUCUCCCCAAUUCAAAUCAUGACUGUGUCAACCUCUGCAGCUCCUGCAGAAAUUACCGUGUCCCCAGAAUCACAAGACAUGACCAUGGGGAGGGCCGUGUUUCGAGUGACACCGGAAAAACAAACCGUCCCAACUCCAGUCCGGAAGUACAAUGCCAACACAAACAUUAUAACAACGGAGGAUAACAAAAUCCACAUCCACCUAGGCUCUCAGUUUAAGCGUUCUCCUGGUGCUGCUCAAGAUGGGGGCAGCCCUGUGAUUACGGUCAGACCUCUGAAUGUAGCAGCAGAGAAGGAGCUUAUGACUGGGACUGUCCUUCGUUCCCCAAGGAAUAACGUAUCAUCAAGGCCUGGAGCAAGUAAAGUUACAAGUACCAUCACUAUUACACCCGUUACCACAUCAUCCACGCGAGGAACACAAUCCAUGACAGGACAGGAUGGGUCAUCCCAGAGACCUACACCCACCCGAAUCCCUAUGUCUAAAGGUAUGAAAGCCGGGAAGCCAGUUGUGACAGCCCCAGGAUCAGGAAAUCAGACCAAAUUCGAGCCUCAGUCUAUGAAAAUAGAACUGAAGAAGUCUUCAGCCAAUAGCUCUGCUGCCCUUGCUGGGGGGAAGGGCUGAGGGCAAUGGCUAAGGGGGUAUGUUGUGCAGGUUUUACUGCUUCCAUGGAAAUAAGCCCCGUCUAAAUGUUUUGCACAUACUAAUUAAGUCUGCUGAAGCUGUCACCUCUACUAAAAUUUGCAUGCUUUUACCUAUCGAAUGUAAUAAUCCUAUCUUAUUCCCUCUUCGUUGGGUUAAAGUCUCACUAAAAAGCAGGCCUGGUUGAGCAGCUUCUAAAAGGGAGCUGCUGUUUAGAUUAACUUUCUUUCAAACAACUACCCUCUCUUCUCUAUUGCCUUGAAAAUAUCCACCAUUUUCUUUGCCGAAGCAACUUAAAUCAGUAGUUUGCCUGAGAAAUCAUGUAGGUAAGCAGUGAAUGAGGCGGGUGCCUUUGAGAAGCUGCAUAGUUUGUUCAACUAGUUUUGAUGCUUCUCAGAUAGAAAUGGGGAAUACGAAAAUCUCUCUCUAAAUUGUGACCUGGUAGAUAACUGUUAGCCAUGAGAGAACCAAGAGGCUUUUGAUGUGGUGGAUGAUUGCUUCCCACUCAAAUGGGACCUGACUGAAGGCUUACUUAAAAGAAGCUGGAAGUUCUUGUCGAUGUUAGUGAGCUCUGGAUCACAUCUGUAGUGGAUGAUCAAAAUUACAUCAUGCUUUGUACCUUCUGGUCUUGGCAAGGUAUUAAUGUGAACUGGGAUAGGUGGAUGGAGAAAAGGCCUACUGUAGGUUCUACUUUCAGGUGUAUGCUAACUAUGCAGUGAACCUGCAUCUCUCUUCCAAGGCAAGGUCUGGGUCUAGAGUUAUCAACUAAUUAUUGUCUACUGCCUGAUACUGGAAUUCUUGAACUACCUUGCUUUUAAUUUCAAAAGCAUGUUUUAAGAAAUUGGUGUGCAUAUGAUUGACUGCUAUUAUAAUCAUGUUUAACUAACAGAGCCAAUGCUGUUAUGAGCAUUUUCACUGACAGAAGCAUGACUAAAAACAAAAUUCCUGCCUCUAGCAGAAGUGACUUGACAUGCACCGUCUUUGCCAGAGUGAAUUUCUUUGGUCGAUACUGACCCCAUUCUUGAAGGAAGGGAAAUUAUGCACAGUAGCAGUAAGAACGUGUAUGCACUGAGUGGCACAAAAAGCAAAAUAGCUAAAACAGUGAGUGAGUUUCUCCAUUAGGAAAGUGUAUUAGAAAUCUGCAACAAACAGAUUUGGUGGUUUAGAUGGAGCUGUAGAAAAGAGUUUAUAAAAGAAAUGCAACCACCCAUCACUGGUUGGACGUAGCAUAUGACUGAAUGAACGCAUCAUAGCCAAAAUUAUAUAUUUAUAUAUACUAAUAUAUAAUAAUAGGCACAAGUAUUGCCACAGAAAGUCUCAUGGAAGAGAGGCAGGUCUUUCUCUUCACUACAGUGCUUCUGGACUGUAGUUUUCAGUUAGUAUGCAAAUCUCAGAUGAGUAGCUGUCCUGAACUGUUGUAGCAAAAACGGUAAGAAACCAUAUGGCACCUUUAACCCCGGCAUAAACUUUUGAGGGUGAGAGCCUACUUGAUCAAAUUGUGCUCCAUCCCCCAAAUGUCCAACCCACAAUAAGAUGGUGGGUCUUUGAAGGUGUUGCAUGAAUCUAUUGCUAUUUCAGUUUACUAAAGGGCUUGUUAUAAUUCAGCUGGAAGUAAUGAAUCAUAACACUUGGUUGUAUUGGUGUUAGGCCUACUUAGAAUAGACCCACUGAAAUGAAUGAGACCUAAAUUAGACUAAUAUAGGAUAUGACCAUUGUAUUUUCAUAUAAGGUUUAUAGCAAAUAUUGGUGGUUAGGAUUUCCAUUUCUAAAGGCAUAAUAAAGCUUUUGCAGAGAAUUGGCAGUAAACAGUAAGUAGGACGUGCCUUCACAGGAGCUGAUGGAUUCCAGUAAUGUUUCACUUUGAUACUCUAUGUUUCAUUUUGACAUUGAUGGACAACUAAAUCAUUCCUUAUUUCUAGCUAUUUUCACAGCUGUUUUAGCAGAAGUUCCAAGAAAAUAUUUUCAUGUGAAGCUCAAGGUUUAAUAAUACUGAAUGCCUAAUGCUCUACAAUUGUGAAUAUUUACAGGGGUGAAGCAUGCAAGAGUCUGAAGUUAACAGUGACAGGGAAAUUGACUCAAUCUAAAUUUGUAGAACUGGCUUGAACAAGCAUGUUCCUUUUAACCAAACGAUUAAGCUAGUGCUGCAGUAGCAGGGAGAAGAAAGUUGCUUCUGCUGCUCCAUCAAAAUAAUUCCUUAUACACAGCCAGGGAGCAUUUGAAGGAACAAUUAACGCAGCACCAUGCGUGCCAGAAUCCGGGUAGUUAAUUACUAAGUGCUGUAAUUUUCUGCAUAUUGUUUUUUCCCAGCCGUAUUACACAGUGACUCAUUCUCACUUAGUUGCCCUACUCCUUUUCUCUUUCUUCCAGGGACAUCUUCAGCUACUCCAGUGUGUUCAUUCUCUUUCUCACAUGCACACUCAAUGCCACACAACACCUAGCUGCACAAUGCUUCCUUGUUACUCCUUUUGUGGUAAGGCUGUGGUAGAAUUAGCACCUGCAAGAGCUGCUUUUUCUUGCCUUUGCUUGCACAAGCUUACCCUUCCGGUAUGGAAUGAAGCCAAGAGAAUAACAGGUUCUCUGAAUGCAGUAAAUAAUAAAAUGUAAUUUAAAAAAUGUGACAAAUAGGACAUGAAUGAACAUAGUUCACUUCUGUCGCUGUGUCUUCCUUCCAUUUUUGUUUCUGGGUUGUGGUAGAGAAAGUGAGAAACAUAGCAUCCAAAAACUGCCUUUAACAUAUAGGGUUACCAAAGUGCCCCUCAUGUGUGGGGUGUGCGUGGCUUGUAUAUUGCAGCCACACUGAAGCAAAGUGCAGUGUGCACAGACCCCUCACAUCCCAUGGGGCACUCAUUCAGUGAGCCCCCACAGCCCCCACAUAAGCCCCCACAGUGCCAUGGGGGAAGGUGGAGGUCAGCCAUCCUUCCUACAACGCUAUCAGCAAGUGCACCACUUUACUAUCUCUGCAGGAGCAAAUGGCAGCCAUUCACUUACAUUGGACAAAGGAGAAGAGAGCAUUUGUGAUGUGUUACCUGGAUAAGUGACUAAUUGUGUUUCCCUUCAAGGCUGUUUCCCUCUGUCUGUAGGCCCGCUCUUCGGUUCUGACUGCUGGGUGCACUGUGCCAAAAUACAGGAGCUGGCUUUUAAUGGGCAAGGACAAUGAUGAUAAAGCACCCGAUUAUUCUUUGCCUGUAGAUGGACAAUUUCAUGUGGAGAAGUUGACGGCCAUUUUUCUGUGGCAUCACUAAUUCCCCCCAGGCAUGGACUGCUAAGGUGGAAUCUUGCAUAGCCAAUGGGAGCACUGUGCAUAUAAAAGCAAGAUCCUCCCCGACUUCCCCGAAGGGGGAAGGAUUGUGUAAUUUGAUUUGGAGUAAGGUUUCCCUACAUGAGGUAACUAAGGGGGGGGGGGGUAACUAAGCAUGCAAUCACAGACAGCAUCAUUUGACUGCCAAACCCUUUGCCAGCUUUCAGGGUUACAUAAGCCGGCCCUCAUGAUCAAAAACAUGAGCAAAAACUUGGUGGGCUCUGUAUUCUAGCCACUGAUGUGAUUCAUCCAGUGAGUGACCCAGGAAUUCAUAGCGUUGCUGCUGCAGUAGCCUCUGGGUCAAUGCAGCUCCUGUUGUUUCAUAUAAUAUACCAGGAGGGCCGAAAUCACGUGAGGUUCUCAAGAUGACUAUCAGUGAUGGACUAAACAGAAUGCUUAUCUGCUUAGGUACCCUCUCAAGUUUAAUAUGGGGCUGGGCUCAUGUUGAUUACAAAUCUGUCACAUUUGCAUUGUAAAACACUUUAUGCUAACACACUCCUAUGUUUUAACUGGCUUAUAGCACAAGCUACUACUGUAAGAGCGCUUUUACAGAUCUCUGAAGUGCUUUUAUUGCAUAUCAGCUGCUGAUAUUUCUGAGGCUGAUUGAAACUGGCAUUUGCUGGCAGUGAGAUCAUUUUUGGGCUUAUUUUCAUUGAGAGUCAUGCUUUACUUUCUCAAAUUAGCGUAAUCUCCUUCAUCUUGACUGAGAUUUCAUAAGAACUCCAGCUAAUGUUUUGUAAUUAGAAAAAGCUGUUUUCAUUUUAAAAUUACUUACUGUGUUCUAGGUUCAGUGUGUGUAUGUGUGUGUGGGGGGGUGACAAAUAAGAGUUAUCAGUUAAGGGCACAGUCCUAUGCAUUUUUAGUCAGAAGAUGCCAGUAUUCCCAGCCAAUAUUGGGAGAUGCUGGGAAAGGUAGGAUUUUUUUCCUGUCUAAACACGUAUAGGAUUGCAACUGAAAAGUACAAACCCAAGCAAAAUGCAUUUGCAUUUCAUUUGAGAUGUUCUGAAAGGCACACACCCAAUUAAAGAGUCCAUCAAGGUUAUUCUACGGUUUUUUUAAAAAGUAGUUAGAUGGCACUGCAGAACUGUGUAUGCAUUUUUGUCACAGUCAUAAAAAGUUAGCACCUUGGGCAUGCACAUAAUAAUCUGAGUUGUAAAAUGAAAGUUAAUUUUAAAAUGUUGAAAUAUAGUUAAGCCAAACUAAUUGUACUUAGACUUUGUACAAAAUGCUCAGGGUGAUUUAUGAUGAUCAUUACUGUGAUUUACGGUACUUGAAAAACAGUCAUGUGCCAGGGCCAUGCUGUUUUAUCAGUUAUGAAGAGAAAGUGUAGAUAUAUAAACCACAGUUUUCCCUUCCAAAGUACUCAGAAAUGGUGACCUGGCAGUAAUCCCUAUGAAUUUCAGUGGAUCAUAUUUCCAAGUAUUUUAUAGAGAGCAACUGUUUUUUUGAGGCAAGUUCAAGUAGUGCCAUCUAGUGGAAAUCUUCUAGAACAGCUACAUUUUAAAAUGUGAUCCAAUGGAGAGCUUGUACACUGGAUAUUUGAUUAAAAAGCAGCAGAAUAUACAAACUACUGUACAUUUGCACAACUCCAAAAUUAAUUUUAUGAAUUCUUCAAAUUAAACUGGAAGCGGAGUCUGAACAUAACCAACCUGAUUAUGAUCAAUAACAGAUUGUAAAGCUGUUGUUCUGGGAAUGUUUAGUACAAAAAUAACUAUUUGUAAAAGAGAAAUAGAUAGGAUUACUUAUUUUUAAAGCUUGGAUACUUUACAACUCUGGAGAACUUUGAUUUCAUUUCUUUUCUUUCUUUCUUUCUCUCUUUCUCUCUCUCUCUCUCUCUCUCUCUCUCUUUCUUUCUUUCUUUCUCAUUUCAUUGUUAUACUGCCCAAUAGCUGAGACUCUCUGGGCAAACAAAAGUUAAAUGUUAAAAAACAUACACAAACAUUAAUUUUAAAAGAAUAAAACCAUAAUAGCAAAAAACAAUUGCUAUGAUUCAGCAUUGAAGUGGUACAGAAAAAAGUGGAAUACAUUAAAAUUGAGUUAGAAAAUUAAACUGUCAAAAUACUGGGCAAAUAAAAUGGUCGUCACCUGGCACCAAAAAGAAUACAAAGUAGGUGUCAGGCAUAGCUCUUUGGAGAGCUCAUUUCAAAACAACUGAGGGUGCCACAACUGAGAAGGCCCUCCUCCUGGAAGCCACCUGCUUCACUUCCUUUGGGGGCGGGCUCCCAGAGAAGGACCCCUGAAGAUGACCUCAGGCUCCGGGUAGGUACACAUGGGUAUAUCACCCAAUCUUAUGCAUGUCUGUUCAGAUGGGCUUAUUGGGCUUAAUUCCCCAAGAUUGGGCCAAGAAGUACAUUUAGGAUUGCAACUUGCUAUGCCUGCCUGAAUAUCCCUACUGGGUAGCCACAUGGGGUGCUCUACUCUAUAGAGGAAAAUGUAUAGCUUAAGUAUGUUGGGAACUUGGUCAUUAUUUGAAGCAUUAAAUUUCUGUUACAAUCUUCUGUGCAAUUAGUUAAAUGUACCUUCAGAUGGAAGGAGAGAUGCCUCUAUGGUGAAUAUAUAUGUGGCUAAUAUAAUUGAACUAGACUCUUUUAAAAUGCUAAAAUGCUUCUGUAAACAGUUGUCAGAGCUUCAGAAAGUAGGCAGUACAGAAAUAAAACAAAACAAACAUAAGGAAAAUUACCGGUAAGAUACCUAGAUGUCUUUGAAAAUAUAAUUCUGAUUUGUCAACAUUAUGAGGUACCUUUAUACAAUAUCAUUAUAUAGUUGCAAGAUUUUAUAUGGACAGUUACAUUUCGCCAACUUUUAACAAAUGGAUUUCCCCUGCUCUUCUACUCUUUUGCAACCCAUCCCUCUCCACACCACCCAAAUCUGCUCUGGAGGAUUCCCCAGCUACCUGGAGCAGAUGUUAGGAGCAUGUGUUCAUUCCACUGGAGUAUGGGCAGUUUUGGAUUCAAUACUUUAAAUACUACAGGCUGCCAUUUAGAGCUAUAAGAAAGAUUAGACUCAUGUUUCUGAUUCAUUAUUCAGAGAAAUAGGCUAAACCACAACCUUAUACCCAUCUAGCUUAGAGUAAGCACCACUGAACCCAAUAAGACUUACUUAAGAAUAGAUACUGUAUUUGUAUAGGAUUGCACUGUAAGUUAGUUGCACAAUUCCUAAUGAGCUAAGUCGGACAUAACAGUCCUGACUAAUUCCCACUUUAAUUUCAGUGAGACCUAACAAACAACUAACUUUGUCUAGAUCUAACCCUAUAAAAAUAUAUACUGGGUACUACGCAAUUCCAAACAAGAUCAAUAAACCAAAUUGCUAGAAAUGUUUAUUAUCGGACAUUUUGUUGUUGGUCAUUUGUACUAAUGGUGAGGUUAUAACACAGUGAAGGCAUACUGGGAAAAUUAGAUAUGUAGUAAAUAAAAUGUUAAAAGAACUACCCUUUUAUGAUAGGGAUGAUUUUUUGUCCUUUUGAAAAAUGCAUUUUAGAAAGGGAGAGUUAAUUUAUAUAGUUAUAGAUACAAAGUUAAUAUUAGCCUCUGACUGAAGGCAGAGGAGGAUUCCUGAUAGAGUGGAUGUUGAAUGUGUAACCUGGCAUGAAUUGACAUUUUGAGUUGAAAACAACAGAAUGACUAAUAGCAAAGAACAUGCCAUGCUUUAAAUCAUUCCUAGUUUCAAGACAGUCCACAAUACAAAGAAUUUCAUUUUACUAUAAGAAAUUACUAUGAGAAUUAGAUUUUGAAGAAAAUUUGCAUGGAAAUAAAAUGGCACGCUAUGCGUUAUACUGAAAUUACAUUCAUUUCCAAUCCAGUUCACUGUGCCUGUGUUGCUGUGAGUAGGGGAUCCCAGUCAGCUUCAGUUGUUGCCCUUCCCUCAUCCAUUGCCUAGCUGCACGAAGGGCACUGGGAAAUGGGAGGUCUCUGUCAUAAGUACAAGUUAUCCACACAGCAGAGAGCUGGAAUGGCUAGGGAUAUAGGAGGCAUGUGUAGAUUUCCCAUUCACCCGCAAUGGUUCCCUCAGUGUGUUGUGUGCUGAGGUGGUAGAAGAUGGAAAUCUCCUGUAUCUUAUUGAAAUUCUCUGUACAUGAGUGAACAGGAUUAGGGCCCCUCUAUUUAUAUAUGAUACAAUGUGCUCUGAAGAUGGAGAUAGACUAUCCUCAUUAAUUCUCCAGGCUCUUAUUUCUCCUUCGUCCAUCUUGACAUGGGUAGUUCUGCCCUGACUUAUUUGAAGUGGCACUUUGAGACACUUUCUGUAAUGUAGCUAGGUUACUGAUGGGAUUAAAGCAUUAACAGUACGGGUCCUCAUAGCCUUUCACGUUUCACCAUGGUAACAGUCAUUGUUUUGCUGUGUUUCUUUCUUUCCUUUAGAGAGCAUCAUCAUUCAUCAGUUACGCAUGAACGCGAGAUGAGAUGCCAUGCCAACUCUGUAUGAUAAGUGUGCACUCCUUUACACCACUUGGUUGGAUCACUGCCGAAGCUACACCCACAACACUGUGAUCUCCCAUGCUACUGAUCACUUAUAGAAGUAUCUUACUACUUCCGCUGGAAUCUAGAUGUUUUGUGUAGAUUUUUAAAAAAGAAAUGUGUUUGCUGAUUAUUUUAAAACUAGAUGAAAAGGGGGAACUGCAUCUUCUGUGCCAAUUUUGCAAAGUCUUUGAAUCGGUUGGCACAUUUUUGAUUUUUGUUUGGUGUUUCCCACAUAAUUUAUUUUUAUAAUACGUUUUAUAAUGCAGGACCUCUUUGCCAAAUCAGUUUUUGUUGCCCGUGGCACAUUCAUUUGUGGAAUACACUGUCAAGCUUUGAAAGUGCCAGUUUGUAUAUUCUCUGUUGGAGUUUAUAAGGAUGUUGACUUGACCUCAAUAAUGGCACCUUUAAAGAAAACUUGCCACAGAAUUUCCCAGCCAUAAUGUGAUUGAGAUUAACUGCCCUGAAGACUGCUUUGUGAGGAUAGUAUUACAGGGUUUUUUGCACUGUGCUGUGGUUUAACAUAAAACUGAAUACCAACAAACCAAAACCUUGAAACUGUAUUGGAUUUAAGAACCGGUUUUAAUUGUUGUAUGCUGGUGCCUAUUAAGCUGUGCUCAUAUAAUGUGUGCUUUUAUAUAUACCUGUACCAAAAGGUUCCUUUUUAUCACACAGUAACAAAUAAAUUUUCACAAGUGUGCUACAGUAAAA